AUGAAAAUUGUUUAUAAAUUUACUUAGUAAGUUCUUUAUUAGAAUAAGCAGUAUUCGAUACUUAAGCCAUCGUAAUUGAGUGUCCCUAAAGAUGCUUUCAUUGCUAAGGUAACAAACAAAGAUGGUAGUACAUCUCUGCAUGAUCUCAAUAGAGAAAUUAAAUAGGAUUGCACUAUUGAAUUUUUGGAUUUCUCCAACUAAGACGCCAGAAGAGUCUUUUGGCAUUCAAGCGCUCAUGUUUUAGGUGCCAUUCUAAGUAAAUUUGGAGCUGAGUUGGAAUUUGGACCAUCCACAGAAAAUGGAUUCUAUUAUCAAUGCAAAAUGGAUAAGGAAAUUGAAUUAGAUUAACUUAACUAGGAAAUUGAAUAGUAUUUGAAAUAGAAAAAACACCUUUUUGAAAUUCAGAGCAUAUCCUAGAAUGAAGCAUUGCAAUUAUUCAGCAAAAACUCAUAUAAAUUGAGUAAAAUCAAAUAGACUGCCUUCCAACAGUAUCAGAUUUAUAAAUUAGAUGAUUUCAUAGAUUUAUGUAAAGGUCCUCACAUUGAUCAUACAAAUCGCAUAUAUAAAUUGAUAAUUAAUCACUCAUAACCAUAUUAGAAUAGUUAUAGGUAUUAGGGCAUAGCAUUUCCAAAUUCAAAGCUAUUUUAAGAAUAUCAAAAAUAAUAAGAAUGCGAUCAUAGACACAUAGGAAAGCAUUAGCAUUUAUUUGUAUUCAACAAAUUAGCUCCAGGAAGUGCUUUCUUUUUACCUCAUGGAACCAAAAUAUAUAAUAAGUUAAUAGAGAUGAUUCGUAAGGAGUAUAGAGAACGUGGGUAUUAAGAGGUCAUAACACCAUAGUUGUUCAAUAAGGAGUUGUGGAAGUAAUCUGGUCAUUUGGAUAAGUAUGCAGAAAACAUCUAUAUGACUCAUGAUCAUUAGAUGGGAUUGAAGCCUAUGAAUUGUCCUGGUCAUUGUUUACUGUACAAAACACUACAGCACAGUUAUAAAGAGUUACCAAUUAGAUUUGCUGAUUUUGGUGUUUUGCACAGAAAUGAGGUGCAUGGAACUUUGACUGGAUUAACAAGGGUACGUAAGUUCACUUAAGAUGAUGCUCACAUAUUUUGUACGAUUGAACAAAUUCAAUAAGAAAUUAAGAAUACCUUAGACUUUUUGAGUAGGGUUUAUGGUCGUUUUGGGUUUACUUGGGAGCUGACCUUGUCAACUAGGCCUGAUAAGUAUAUAGGGGAUUUGCAGAUAUGGGAUGAGGCUGAAAGGUAAUUGAGAAUUGCAUUGUCUGACACGCAAUACACAGAAAAUCCUGGAGAUGGAGCAUUCUAUGGUCCGAAGAUAGAUGUCUUAAUAAGGGAUCAUAAUCAGAAAUAGCAUCAAUGUGGUACAAUUCAAUUAGAUUUCAAUUUACCUGAGAGAUUUGAUCUCACUUAUCAUCAUGAAAAUGAUAAAUUCUCAAGACCAGUAAUGAUCCAUAGAGCCAUUCUGGGUUCAAUUGAAAGAAUGAUGGCCAUUCUCACAGAGCAAUACAAUGGAAAAUGGCCAUUUUGGUUAUCCCCUAGAUAGGUAAUGAUAAUUCCUGUAAGUGAAAUCUCAAAGUAAUAUGCAAAGGAAAUUUAUGAUUAAUUGUAUAAGUUAGGAUUUGAAGUGGAAUUGGAGGAUACUGAGUAGACUUUGGGGAAGAGAAUAAGAAAGGGGGAGAUGCUACACUUCAAUUAUAUUAUAACUGUUGGAGCCAAGGAGUAAGAGUCAAACACAGUGGAUGUCAGGGAGAGAGGAGAUAAUCAUAAGCAUUAAUCAAUGAAAUUGGAUGAGUUUAUAACUAAAAUUAAUUAAUUAUGA